ACGCUAAGCCGUUAUUCCUUCUUAGAGUCAAACGCUCGAACGGUUGUGUACUUAAAUCACUUGUACAUUUAAUCCGCCCAAUCUCCUUCAUCGUCCCGACGGUUCGAGAAGCCACCAUCAUCCUGGAGACAGAAAAACCCUAAUAAUUUAUCCAAACUAUAAUACCAGAAAAUAAAGCAUAACCAUUUCUAAUUUGAUAGAUAAGGCUCCGAUUCCAGAGUAUCAAUAGUUAAAAACAAGUUGCGAUGGGGAUCAUAAGAAGCAGUUUCUCGUUUAUGGUAGGGACGGUGUGUGGGAUUUACGUUGCUCAAAACUAUAAAGUUCCGAACAUCAAGAAGCUUGCUAACGACGUGCUUCUCAUGGCGAAGCGCACUGAAGAGACGUAUCGCAAGCCCAAGAGGAGAGGCGAUGAAGAUUAGUUGCUGCUUAACGACACCGUUUUGUCCAAGAAAAAGGUUAUACUGUACUGUUCUUUUUCAAAUUUGUAAGUUUUCCCGGAUCAGAUGCGACCGAGAAGAGAAAAUUACUCCUAUAAAAACGUGAUUAGUUUUGUCUGAUUCGUGAUUACAAUCCAUAGCUUCUUUAAUU